GGAGACUAUUCUGCCUAUAUAUCAUGCGCCGCUGUGCGGCUGCUGGUUGGGCUCGAGAGAGAGUCCAUAAGGCACAACGGAACGAGUGAGUUCCGUAUGAACGAUCGGUGAGCGCCCCCUACAUUAUAUAUAUAUAUAUAUAUAUAUAUAUAUAUAUGGAUAUAGACGGGACACAUGUAAUUAUUCGUGCCGUUUCGCAGCUAGUCACGCGUGCUGUUGUCAGCCUUCACUGGGGGGGGAUAGAAGGCUAUGGGGAGAGCAAGUGCUUCGCAUCAACUCUUGGAGAAAAUUUUGAAAAACUGCGUUUGAGUGAGGAGACUGUCCGAAUGAAAUUCAGAGCUUCCGAUAUAAUUUAGAUAACAAAGAAAAAAGUAGGAGCAGGCUCUUUCCUUCAGAAAUGUCCUUGUUCCCCCAGUCCCUACGAGUUCCGUAAAUGCGCAGGAUCGAUACUAACAGAAGGGCUAGUAGUAUUAACUACUAUCAGUCUUGCCUGAUACCAUCUGAUAAUGCGAAGACAAGGUCCUUGGUAGGGCAGUCAGUGAUUACACACUGUUCAAUGUGAAAGUGACCCCACCCUUAGUAGGUGUUCUUUUGAUGCCUUUUAGCGUGGUGUCUCAAAUCGCCGCAUGUCAGUUGUGUCCUGCUCGGAGCCGCUACCGAAGAUCAGCUGCAAGAGGAUAUUGAAGCAGUUCUGGUGAGUCCCCUGACGAUUGAGACAUUUCUUAAAAAAUGAGACUGUAACAGGAGCAAAGCAAGCAGCAAUAUUAAGCAGCCCAAGCAGGUCGGCUUUCUUCAAUUAAUUCUGACUUCAAGUCAAUUCAUGUGAUGUGGCCUGGACACACAGUAGCUCGGGAUCUAAGUAUCGCAUUUAACGACCAAUUGGAUGAGGCUUACUUGGCAAUUCAGGAAUGCAACCAAAUAAUGGGCGGCGAAACCGUAAAACAACUGACCCCUAGUUGGCCUCGUGGUCCCACUUCUGUUGUCGGCAUACACUGCACGCCACAGUGGUUGAAAUGGCUUACUGUGAAGGGAGGCCUUGCACAAGUGUUUUCAGCAAAAGGCGGGAGUCCGCCUAAAUUUAGAACUGAUUAUAUCGAACUCACACCGCAACCCGUGUAAACACCUAGUGCACGAUAACACUGUGACGCUUCUCAUUGGCUAGUAUGCCCAAUUUAGUCACAUCGACCUGCCACGCCCAUUGGCAAUUUUGUGGUCUAUUUUGGCUGUCAGCUUGGAAUCCCCCAUGCCUGUUGGUUGCUUUGUAUUACCCUGUUGUAACAUGGGCUGUUCAACAUGAUGCUCAAAAUCCCAAUCCCAUCUUAUAAGCGACGAUCACCUCUGUUAAUCUUUAAGCGUGUACUGUGGAUAAAGGUGAGGUUAGUGAUAAGAGGACUCCAAUAACCGCUGUCGUAUAUGCCUAUCGUGGUGAAUUCUGAUACCUGGAAGCAUAAUAGCCUCAGAAUCUCACGCAACACAGAUCUAGAUUACUACGUUCACGGGUAGACACCUAGCCGAUCAACCCCCACAAAGUAUCAACCACCCUCAACCGAGACGAUAACUCAUUGCGCGGGCAGUUGUCAAGUCGGCCAAUCAUCAGCCAGAAGGCCGAGGCAACGAAAGAAAAACACGACCAGCUCAAGGCCAUCUAGCGUGACACGUUUUUGGCACUUUCGUUCGAUUUUAUGUAUUUGAUGCUUUAACGCUGGUGAGACGAGCGACUUCUCUGGAACGUCAACAGUUCAAUAAAACCGGUUCAACUAUCCCUCCACCCCCCCCCCCUUCAAUGAAUAUAUCAUAAUUAUUGUUGCAGUACUGCUUAACUUGAAAAAGUAUGCCAGCUGAAUUUCCCCGAAGCGGUAUACUGGCAUUCAGCAGGAGGGGUUUCCAGCAGACCACUUCUUGAACUCUUUUCGCAGAGAUUUGUUACAAUUUAAGAAGAUGCCGCGAGGACUUUGAUUUGUCAGUUUAGGAAAUGAUUCCUGAAAACGAACCUACAAUCCACUAAAGGAUAUGUGCAUUCAGCUGCCAACUCCGCUUCAUUUUAAUAGUAAAGUCAAAUUACAGUCGCAGACAAAGAUGCUCUUGGUUGGCUGUAUGCAUCCACAGCAGAAAUUACUAAUUCUUAAUUCGGUCGUGAUUGAAUAAGAAGUACCAAUGGGUGAAUAGAACACAUGUACUACUUGAAGAAGGAGACACGAUCGCUGGCACAAGAACUUUAUUAGUCUGAUGUUUCGGAUUCCCGCUUGCGGCUCAUUCGACGAGAUCCGGCCACACAUUCAAAUUUGGCGACGCCGAAAUUCUCGCGAGAGGUGACAACCGCGUGAGCCGGGAGCUACUUGAAUCAUGGUUUACUGGCCCCCAGUCCACUAACAAGUGCAAUAAACUUCCCCUUCCAUACUCGGUGCUGAGACUUCGCCUAGGCGGAAUAAUUAGCCACGAGGGGAGCGCACAAGUGAACACUUCUACCAACUCCAGGGUCGGUGGAUCAGAUGGUCGAGCAAUCAUCCCACCAACAGCCAAAGCACGUGAUGAAAUUGCAGCAAUUAACGACGCGAAUGUCGGCCAUCAAACAAUUGGCACACCAAGUGCGACGAUCCCUGAUGAAGGGGGGAGCCGUGAACAUUCAUAGGUAUGCGGUAGUAUGGCGAAUACAUCCCAUGAAUACUGCAGCCCCUUGUGCAUGAAACAUCCGUGUCUGCUUUUGUCUCUGAUGAUGGGUUCGAACGGUAAUCCGAAACGUCUUGUCCCAGCGAUCGUGUUUUCUUCUUCAAGAUUGCUUCCUGGGACUCGUCUCUUCGCUUCUAUUGACAUGUACUACUGCAAUAGGCGAGGACGCUAAAGGGGGUUUUAUGAGUGCGGCAGGUAAGGCGGUAAUUAAGGGAAUCUAGAGGAAGGCACUGAGAAAGCCUAGAUUUCUGCAGUAGGUCUGUUUUACUACUCCAACAAGGUACCAAAGCAAGCCUCGCAAUAUAAGAAAUGCGAAGGGCGCGUAAACGGGCGGAACCGUGGUACCCCAUGUUCACUGGUUGGGUUGGUCGAAACGGUUUGAAGCAGGCAAAAUUAAGCCUAGUCUUGAACCCAAUCCUGAUCUUUAACAGUAGCACAACCGUCGCCGUGAGCCCAAUAUGACACGCCUACGUGACUGAAAUAAGUAGGCAUGUCACCUUAAUGAAGACGGGGGGCCAUAUGUUCACUCCUUGCUUUCUAAUUCCAACAUCUAAGGCGUGUUAUGAGUGGCUUCUCGUCAGAACCAGCUAAACUGGCUAUUUGGUGGUCAGACACUCCUUUGGUGAGGUAAACGCACAUGACGAACUGCGUAUCCAUUUCUGAAUGCAUAUCAGACGAAUUAUGAAUCGUGAAUACCGUCGCGCCAGCCAAAGCCAUAGGAAGACCCCAGCUGCCGUGAACUUCAGGCCAGGUCCCGGGUAGCAAGAGUAGUUAGACGCCAGUAAAGAAAGGGUAGUAUUCAGUACGAAGUGAAUUAAAAAUAAUUUGAAACACGUUGGGAGCCGGACAAGAGGCGGGACGUCCGGUACCGCAGAUGUUGAUGUCCGAGACUCCUGAGUGAGUGCAUGUCUGUUUCAACCUUGAACUUGAUUGGCAGGUUUAUUUGGCCCUGAUUGGCCGAGCCAGACACAGUCUCUCGGUUUUAGAUAUUGGUCAAACGCGGCGUGAGCAUUGAACAGAGCCUCAGGAUAUCCGCGUAAUGGCUAACGCUGCUGUGCGCACGUUCAAGCAUGCGCGGAGGACCAGCGCUGCAGCAGACGCCCGGGGUAGGGACACUACAGGCCGGAGAAACCGGAAAACAGCUCCGAACGCGAACGGCCGAACACGCUGCAACAGUGCGAAGAAAUGACGCCAGCUCUCAAGUUGCGGCUCAUUCAACGAGAUAUGGCCACACAUUCAAAUUUGGCGACGCCGAAAUUCUCGCGAGAGGUGACAACCGCGUGAGCCGGGAGCUACUUGAAUCAUGGUUUACUGGCCCCCAGUCCAUUAACAAGUGCAAUAAACUUCCCCUUCCAUACUCGGUGUUGAGACUUCGCCUAGGUGGAGUAAUUAGCCACGAGGGGAGCGCACAAGUGAACACUUCUACCAACUCCAGGGUCGGUGGAUCAGAUGGUCGAGCAAUCAUCACACCAACAGCCAACGCACGUGAUGAAAUUGCAGCAAUUAACGACGCGAAUUUCGGCUAUCAAACAAUUGGCACACCAAGUGCGACGAUCCCUGAUGAAGGGGGGAGCCGUGAAUUGAUUCCUAUAAAUACUGCAGCCCCUUGUGCGUGAACCAUCCGUGUCUGUUUUUGUCUCUGAUGAUGGGUCCGAGCAGAAAUACGAAACAUCAGACUAACAAAAGCUCUUGUCCCAGCGAUCGUUUCUCCUUCUCCAAUACUGCUUCCUGGGAUUUAUCUCUUCGCUUCUAUUGGCACACCCAACCUUCUCUGCAUUGUGUUAGGUCAAUAAUACCUCAACUACGGCUUUUGGGAAAGGCCGUGAAGCAGUUUGUUUAAACGCGUUUUCUCAGAGCACCUAGAACGGUGAGUUUCACUGAUCCUUCGGUAAUAUUUUCUACUGAUGAAUCGGUCAGGACACCCGUUCUCUCAAAGCAAGUCCUGAUUCAGCCCCCAACGGCUUCUAAUUAAUCCCUUUAGCGCAUACAUGUACUGGACAAAUGAGAACUUAUUGAAAUCAAACGUCAGCUUGUCAAACAUUCAUCAAGGAUAGGAGAAUUUGAAUGUCUUAUACCUACGUAUUCUUCAAUUGUGGUCUACAUCUUUCUGGCGCAUUACACGCUGUGACCUGCGAAAAAUUAGGACGUCGGCAGAUCGACCCCGCCAAGAGACACAUCUUACAGCCUGGCGAAUUUUCCUACACAUAUCCAGCCAGUAGAGCCGCCAUAAUUACUAAAAUCACAGAUUGCCUACGUUUUUUUACUGGAAUAACAACGCCCCCCCCCCCUGAUUCAGUCAACAUUUCAUGUGAAUUUAGGCAAUGAAGUCGGUCUCCAACGCGGUCCUCGGGGAGAUUGAAAACAUCCUCAUGAGCGAUCGAGAGUCUGAAGGAUUUCUUUGA